CCACGGUAAUCAAUUCAACCAACAAAAAUGUUUAUGAACACGGUCACUGUGCAUCUAAAUAGGGAUAUCGUAUGCCUCUAGGUUAUUCAGACCACGCCCCUCGUAACAACUUUGGCAAGGCGGUGAAGUCACCUGAGAAAGGGAACUAAGUAGAUGAACCAGCAGUGCCUCAAUCUAGGAGCACCUGUCUCUCUCCUCCUUGUUUUUCGUAAACGUCGGAGGAAUAGCGUUUGAACUUUGAAAGAGGGUGAAAUGGCAUUGGAACCGCAUUUUAUAAAGUCCGUGUUACCCGUACAGGAAACGUUGCUGUCUCUAGAAGCUAAUGAUACAAGCUUGGCUGUGCCUACAGAAGAAAGAAUUACGAUAUCCAAGAAUUUGUUCACUGAACGGAGUCUCCGAGUUCAGCAGCAAGUGCAACAUACCCUCGCUCGCAAAGGAAGGAUAUCGACCUAUAGCAGCCCUCAAGUGUCCAGCAGCAAAAGCUUAUCAAGCAGCUAUGGGAUGACUAAUGGACUCUCCCUUCACCUGAAUCAUAACCACUCGUCUCAGGGCCGAAUGGUCACUUAUGAUGGAGGCAACAGCUUCAGCUGGAAGGCAGGCCUUAAGAGUCCUCUGCUGCGGGUGGAGGUGUCUCCAGACGCCAGCCCUGAGCCGCCCCGGGCCCGUCUGGGCCUCAGAACCCAGCGGCACAGUCGGAGCUCCAGCUGGGCCCACGGCUCCUUCACCAUCCCCACAGCACGCCCGUCUCUGACGGAACAGAGCCCUCGCACACUGGCCCAGUCCUCCCACCGCUACGCCCGCUCGGAGGUCGUCCACGGCACCCCCUGGUACAACUCCCUGCACGGCGCCGUGAACCGACCCGCCAACCAACCCGUCUCCCAGCCCAGGCCCGGGGUGCUGCGUGAAGAUGUCCUCCUGCACAGCACUCCCUAUCAGACCUCAGAGGCCCAACGGGUCGCAAUGGGUUCGUACGGGUCACAAAGGCAGGGAGGAGGACAGUCUGGUUGGGGCGGCCAGAACUCGGGGAGCCUGGGCUGGCUGAGACAGGUGAGGAAGGACAGAGAGACGCUGAAGCGGAGGUCCUACCCACCCUCAGUGGUCAGCAUGGAGGUAGAUGCAGGUGUGAGGAAGGAGGCAGUUGGACUACAGGCUCAGCAGACAGCAGUCACUGAAAGGACAGCUGAGGGGCAGGGCACCGUGAUGACCGUGGAGAAAGCGGUCCGCCUUCUGACACAGAACGACGUGGACCUGCAGGUGUCUGCCGCCAGCUUCCUGCAGCAUCAGUGUUUCAACAGCGCUGAUGCUAAGAGAAUGGUCUUUUACUUGCAUGGCAUCCAAAAGUUGAUCGCCCUUCUGCAAAGUGACAGUGAGGAGCUUCAGCAAGCAGCCUCUGGGGCCCUGCGCAACAUCGUCUUCGAGAGCAACCAGAACAAGAUGGAGGUGAGGGACAGUGAGGGUGUCCCUGCCAUCCUGCGCCUGCUCAAAAGAAGCAGAGACAUCGAGACCCGAAGGCAACUCACAGGACUGCUGUGGAACCUGUCCUCCCAUGACCAGCUGAAGGAGUAUCUUCUACGAGAGUCCCUGAAGACCCUCACAGACUCCGUGCUUGUGCCGUGUUCUGGCAUUAACGAGGGAGAAAACCCCAAAGAUAGCCUGCUGGCUGACACAGAGGUCUUCUACAAUGCAACAGGCUGCUUACGCAACCUCAGCUCAACAGGCCCUGAUGGCCGUAAAGCCAUGCGAGAGGACACUGGGCUCAUCGAUGCUCUCGUCUACUACACACGAGGGACCAUCGCUGAUUACAAACCUGACGACAAGUCCACAGAGAACUGUGUGUGCGUUCUGCACAACCUCUCCUACCAGAUUGAGUCUGAGCUCCCACCGAAGUACACUGCGGAUUUUCACGAGACGCGAGAGACGCGAGAGACGGGGAUGGUCAAGACUAAAACCCCAGGCUGUUUCCCGGUCAGGAGUGUUGAGAUUGUAGAGCAACCCGAGAGGCGCUGCCCCCUGCUGGAGGACAAGUCAAAUCCCAGCGGGGUUGAGUGGCUCUGGAGCGCCAUCACCACACGCAUGUACCUGUCACUCAUCGCUUGCAGCAACCGCCACUGCACGCAGGAGGCGUCCGUGGGUGCCCUGCAGAACCUCACAGCGGGGAAUGGAGCGAUAGCAGAGUCGCUGUCCCACGCCGUAGUGCGGAGGGAGGGGGCGCUGUCCCAGCUGAAGACGCUGCUGCAGAGGGGAGAGUCAGAUAUCAAGAAGACCACCGUAUCCCUGCUGAGGAACCUGUCACGCUUCAGAGACCUCCACAGUGAAAUCAUCAAACAGGUGCUACCUGAGCUGGUGGCCAUGCUGCCCAACUCGGACACAAGCGCCGACCUCCCGGCGGAUGUCACCGUGUCUCUGUGCUACAUCUUCAUUAACCUCUGCCAGGCCGACACGCAGAGCAUCCGUGCUGUCGUCAACCACGGGGCACUGCCCAAGAUCAUCAGCAUCAGCUCCAAGGACCACGGGUUUGGACCCACUCGAGCGGCCCAAGCAGCCUGUGUCCUCCUGCAGACCAUGUGGAGCCACUCUGAGCUCCGUGGAGCCUACAAAAAGGCUGGCUAUCGGAAAUCUGACUUUGUCAACAAUCGGGCGCUGAAGGGGCUGCCCAUGCGUGACUAAGGGGUGUGGUGGCGGAGCAGGACAGAGAGGAAGUCUGAUUCCUCUGUGACCUCAUCACAGGCGAAAAACAAAGGUGCGACUCCUCCACUGCAGGCGGCUGAUUGGCUGGUUCUGCUGACAGACCAUUUAUACCUGAAAGUACAAAUAUAAGGGUGCGGCUCUUUUAUUUUUCCGCCUCCUUGAAUAAAGGAGCACAGAGGAGCCUGGGUGUGGUUUUUCCACUCAGAGGGAUUUGCAUUACGUGCGCGGCUCCAGUUUCAAAGCACCUGGACGACACUCCUCUGGCCUGUCUUCCAUCUGGGGAAGUAUCCUUCCCAGAGUUGACUCUGUGAUAGAGAACAUGUAGCACGUGUUCCACAUUCUGAGGUAGACAAAACCUGACUUUCACUCGUUUGACGACGUUUAGUAAAGUGUGGCCUCAUCGUCCAGGUCCCACUGACUUUUACAACAGCUGUAAGUUCGAGUUCAACAAAAGAAGUUUUUUGUUUUUUUGUGCAGAUAUUUAUAAAAGGCAGUCAGGCAACCUAAUUUCCAUAGCAAAGCAACAGUGAAAAGAAUCACAUCACAUCACUUAAGAAAGACAAAUGCUCUCACUACUGCAACCAACAGGGCAAGAAUGUAAGAAUAGUCAAAAGUGCUGUGUUUUGUCUGAAUAUGAAAGUACAUAGGCACUGAUGUGAACUCCGUCUUGUACAUUUCACUUAGUACUGAAUCACUUUUUUCUGCAUUCAGAUUGAUCCGUUUUUCAAUGCACAGGUCUUAACAUUUCUUAUGUUUGUUUAGCCAGUUUUACCGUUUUAAGUAUUUUGUUUUAAAAUAGUUUGAAUAUGGUAACAAUGCAAAUGGCCAUGCCAUUUAUAGACAUUUCUAUUAAGCGGUUAAGUAUUUCUACCAAAUGACUGAACAAGAUGAUGAUAGAUAUACGUCACCCUCAGAUUGAUGACAAUAAAAUGAAAACUAACUGGACUAACAAUAAAAUCAUAAUUGUUUGACUUGGCAUGUGACAUUAUAUUUCAUAAUAAAGUGCUCUGUACAAGGUCACAGUAAAUCAGACUUUACAUGA